UUAGAAGAUUCGACAUUGGCAGUGAGACGGCAAUCAUCUGCUAUUGUGAAUAUAAUUUUAAGUUUUUCUUUUGUAAUCAACAUUAUUUAUUAAUUAAAGUAAUCCACUGAAUAUAUGAACAAUAUAUUGACGCCAGUAAAAUUUACAGGAAGUCAACCAAGAGUAUCUAGAAUAUUCGUUGAUAAGUAGAAGCGAUCGAAGUUAUUCAAAAUGUCAUCUUUUAACAGACAAGGAGGCGGUGGUAGCACAUUCAGAAGCCGUGAAAAUCUCUCAAAUGGAGGAGGUAGCGAUAGAUUUGGCGGUGGUCGUAGCGGCGGCGGAGGUGGGGGAGGUUUCAAAGGCGGCAGUGGUGGAUACCGCGGGAAUGAUAGUGGCGGCGGCGGUUUCAGAAGUGGCGGAGGAGGUGGCCGAGGUGGCGGCGGAGGAUUCAGAAGUGGCGGCGGUGGGGGAGGUGGAUUUAGAAGUGGCGGCGGCGGUGGGGGAGGAGGUCGUUUUGGCGGCAGAGGAGGAAGUGGUGGUGGUAGAGGGCCUCAGGGUAACCGCCUCUACAGACCACAAUGGGACAAUAUCCAACUACGUCCAUUUAAGAAAGAUUUUUAUGUUCCUCAUCCAGCAGUAGCCAAUAGAUCACAUUAUGAAGUAGAACAAUACCGCCGAGCCAAAGAAAUUACAAUAGAAGGUAAAGUUCCAAAUCCCAUACAACAUUUUGAGGAAGCCUCCUUUCCUGAUUAUGUAAUGAAGGAAAUCAGCAAACAAGGCUAUGAAUAUCCUACUCCAAUCCAAGCUCAAGGUUGGCCCAUAGCUUUGAGUGGAUUAGAUUUAGUUGGAAUUGCCCAAACUGGUUCUGGCAAAACUCUUGCUUAUAUUCUUCCAGCUAUAGUACAUAUUAAUAACCAACCAGCUAUAUCUAGUGGAGAUGGACCCAUAGCACUAGUUCUAGCUCCAACAAGAGAAUUAGCUCAACAGAUCCAACAAGUCGCCAGUGAUUUUGGAAGUACCACAUACGUUAGAAAUACCUGCAUUUUUGGAGGAGCCCCCAAAGGACCACAAGCACGUGAUUUAGAAAGAGGAGUUGAAAUUUGUAUAGCCACUCCAGGUCGUUUAAUUGAUUUCCUUGAAAAAGGAACCACAAACCUUGAGAGAUGUACCUACUUGGUACUUGAUGAAGCUGACAGAAUGUUGGACAUGGGUUUUGAGCCUCAAAUUCGUAAAAUUUUGGAGCAGAUCCGGCCUGACAGGCAGACUUUGAUGUGGUCUGCAACAUGGCCCAAGGAGGUCAAAAAAUUAGCUGCGGAUUUCCUGAAAGACUACGUCCAGAUCAACAUUGGAUCUCUACAGCUCUCUGCCAACCACAAUAUUCUUCAGAUCGUAGAUGUUUGCCAGGAGUAUGAGAAGGAAUUUAAGCUGAACCAACUUCUCCAGGAAAUAGCAAACAACAGUGAUCCCGAUUCCAAAGUUCUAAUUUUCGUUGAAACCAAAAAGAAAGCCGAAGCUGUGACUAGAACAGUAAGAAGAAGUGGCUUACCAGCUGUUUGCAUGCAUGGAGACAAGAGCCAACAAGAGAGAGACUUUGUACUCAAUGAGUUCAGAAACGGAAAAUCCACCAUUUUAGUGGCUACAGACGUGGCUGCUAGAGGAUUAGAUGUGGAGGGAAUAAAAUAUGUAGUCAACUAUGAUUACCCCAAUUCUUCGGAAGACUACAUUCACAGAAUAGGCAGAACCGGACGUUCAGACGCCUCUGGUACUUCUUAUGCCUUUUUCACACCGUCUAACUCGAGACAGGCCAGAGAUCUUCUGUCUGUGCUAAAGGAAGCCAAUCAGGUUAUCAAUCCCAAACUAGCCGACAUAGCUAACAGACCCGGCAGCUUCGGCAAAGGGGGCUUUAGCAAAUUCGGUGGCAGAGACCGCAUGGGAGGCGGCCGAGGCGGAGGUGGCCGUGGAGGCGGCGGUGGAAGCCGCGGAGGUAGUCGUGGCGGUCUUGGUGGCCGAAGCGGUGGAGCAGCCGGAGGUAGAAGCGGCGGCUUCGGUUCAGGUGGUGGUCGAAGCGGCGGUUUUGGUUCGAGUGGCGGUCGAAGCGGCGGCGGCGGUCUCGGAGGUGGUUCUGGAGAAGGCGGAUUUAGAUCUAGAGAUACUAGUACGGGACGACCUUCGAGGUUUAGUGCAGCCGGAGGCGGCAGUGGACCUACCGGUGGCGCUGGUGGUGGUAGUAGCGCCGGCGGUGGCCGAAUGGGCGGAGGUCUUGGAGGCGGCAGUGGUAGUCGCAUGGGAAGCGGUCCUGCUGGUGGUAGCAGAGUUAGUAAUGGGUUCGCGAGUCGAGCAGCACCCUACUAAGUUAACCAAUGUUGGAGGAAACCUCUCAGUGUAUCAGUAUUCUUCAGAUGCAUUCCCAUGCGUCCCUCUUAGACCGUUUAAAUAACUUAAUUUACCACAAAUAUAUUGCCGUCUCUCUGCAGCAUGUCGUUCCAUGUUUCUAGUUUUAAGAGAUCUUGAAGUUUAAUUAAACUUAUUUAAUUAACAUUAAAAAAGUGUAAAUCUGUGAUUAGAUUGAUGAUUUUAAUUUUGACUUUUAAUAUAAUGUAAUCUAUUGAUGUAGUCAAAAUAUAUUUAUAAAAUAUA